AGUCCGCGGCCGUCGCAGCGCCUGCCCAGGGCGACGGCCCAGAGCUGGUCACGGUCCGGGUGCGAGAGGCGGAGCAGCGGCCAUUACUGCGCAGCCUCUUCCGCCGGGGUCCUCUUCUCCGCCUUUGGUGGCAGCCAGCACAGAAUGAACCCACAGUGGAAGAGAAAAUACUGCAAACUGUUUGACUGCUGGUGAAGAUGGUCUUUUAUUUUUGUGACAGACAACUGUGGGAUCUGUAGUAGAAAUGAUGGCUGGCUGUGGUGAAAUUGAUCACUCAAUAAACAUGCUUCCUACGAACAGGAAAGCGAAUGAGUCCUGUUCUAAUACUGCACCUUCUCUAACUGUCCCUGAAUGUGCCAUUUGUCUGCAAACAUGUGUUCACCCAGUCAGUCUCCCUUGUAAGCAUGUUUUCUGCUAUCUGUGCGUAAAGGGAGCUUCAUGGCUUGGAAAGCGAUGUGCCCUCUGUCGACAAGAAAUUCCCGAAGAUUUCCUUGACAAGCCAACCUUAUUGUCACCAGAAGAACUCAAGGCAGCGAGUAGAGGAAAUGGUGAAUAUGCAUGGUAUUAUGAAGGAAGAAAUGGGUGGUGGCAGUAUGAUGAGCGCACUAGUAGAGAGUUGGAAGAUGCUUUUUCCAAAGGUAAAAAGAGCACUGAAAUGUUAAUUGCCGGGUUUCUGUAUGUUGCUGAUCUUGAAAAUAUGGUUCAAUACAGGAGAAAUGAACAUGGACGUCGCAGGAAGAUUAAGCGGGAUAUAAUAGAUAUACCAAAGAAGGGAGUAGCCGGACUUAGGCUGGACUGUGACGCUAAUACUGUAAACCUAGCGAGAGAGAGCUCUGCAGAUGGAGCGGACAGUCUAUCAGCACAGAGUGGAGCUUCUGUUCAGCCUCUAGUGUCUUCUGUAAGGCCCCUAACAUCAGUAGAUGGUCAGUUAACAAGCCCUGCAACACCAUCCCCUGAUGCAAGCACUUCUCUGGAAGACUCUUUUGCUCAUUUACAACUCAGUGGAGACAGCACAGCUGAAAGGAGUCAUAGGGGGGAAGGAGAAGAUCAUGAAUCACCAUCUUCAGGCAGGGUACCAGCACCAGAUACCUCCAUUGAAGAAACUGAAUCAGAUGCCAGUAGUGAUAGUGAGGAUGUAUCUGCGCUUGUUGCACAACACUCCUUGACCCAACAGAGACUUUUGGUUCCUAAUGCAAACCACACAGUAUCUGAUCGAUCAGGAACUGAUCUGUCAGCAGCAGGGGGUGGAACAGUGAGUGCUGGUGUCAGAUCUAGAAGGCCUGAUGGACAGUGCACAGUAACUGAAGUUUAAAUAAAAAACUCUUCAAGGUUAAAAUGGUUAUCUGUAAAUUUAUGCCCACAUAACAUUAUACUCAUCCCUAGUAGUGCAUUUUGGGAGUUGGGGUGGGAAGGGGUAUGGGGAGGACAGACCUGUAAUAAAAAUGUUUAACAUGUCUCUGUUGAGGAAUUUAUUUAAUAUAAGGAACUCGGGCGUUAAUAGUUGAGAGUUGUUUAGUAAUAACCCAGUUUUUUUGAGGUCUGUUUUAUAGGUUUUUAAAAUUUCUUCAGUUCUUUUGGCCAGUGUGUGUGUAUUAUCUGUGCAUUAACAGUCCUCAUCUUAUUCUUGCAUUGUGUCUUAUUUUCCUGCAUGGAUUGACGUAAAACCAUGACUAAAAUUUGGCACCUAUGAGAUGUCUGGUAUCAGUAUGAACAGGAAGCUUAAUUAAUAUGAAAAUAGAUGUGAAUUUGGAAUUUUAAAAUAGAUGAAUAACAACUAUUAAAUAGUAAAGUUACUGAAAUGGAAAUGUAAAGAAAACAGUUAAUAACUUAUGUUUCAGAAUCUUGUAACAUACUUCAUGGCGUUUCCCAUAGGCUUUGCUGUCUAGUCCUUGUAGUUUGAGGUUCCUCUUGAUCUGCAUUUUUCUUUUUGAUUACAGAAUUUAUAAUUUAAUAAAUACUAGAGUUUAUCAAAAAUAA